UGAAAGUUUUCACAACCGUUUUCACAACUCGUGACAUCUGAUCUAAGAACAGUUGAAACGAGCAGAAACGAUGGAGCAGUAUCUUAGUGACAGGAAGGGUGUGAGCUCUUGGUGGUUUCCUCUUCAGUAGUAUCUGAUGGGUGAAACCAGCAGUGGGUGCUUUGGGCGUGUUCUGUUGGUAGAGUUUGUGGUCUACUGAACAAGACCGAAUUACAGUUAAAAUGUUUGUGCAACAAUUUUUUCUUUUUGCACAUACGUUUUCAAAUGUGCUUCCCACGAUAACAUAUCGAUAUCGAAUGACAGUUAUUGAUAUCUUCAUCAUAGGCUUGAUACUGAAACUGAAAUGCUUUUGCUGUUGUGGGAUGUGGUCAGCUUUUUUUUCUUCACAUUUAACGUGCAUAUUUCUGACCCCGCAGUGGGUGUGUGAAAAAUAUGAUCUCGACUGGCUUCAUGUGACAUGCGUUUCCGUUGCAUGCUUGCUUCCGCAAUUACUAAAGACAAGAGCGGAGAUGCAGAUGUCAGGCACUUUGCAUCUCCAAGCCAGCAGAACCUCCCCACAAACCGAUGUAAUGGUCUACUGUGAACUUCACAGUGGAGCGGAGGGCACGAUCCUGGCCGCUAGGCGAUCAUGUUAAGAUGCCGGUUUUUGAUCGUCCGUCCAUCCUGGUCCAUCAUGCCGUGGUAUCGAUACUGGUCCUGUUUUCGGCUUCUGGACAUCCACAGGUCCUCCCCUGCAGACUGAUUCAAAGCACUGCUGUGUGCAACAACUGUCAGCUCUCCACAGUACCAACCCAUUUAUCGCAACAAACCGAGGAGAUCUUUCUCGACAACAACCUUCUUGUAAAUUUACAGGAUGGUUGCCUCUCGAGGUACCCUAACAUUCGAACCUUCAGCUGUGCAAACAAUCACCUGAGGACAGUUGAGGAGAAUGUAUUCUCCCAGUCGCCUCUACAAAACCUCAACUUUGCCGAAAACGAGCUUUGUUACGGACACGAGCAAGUCGCCAAGGCAUUAAGCUAUCUGACUCAAUUAAAGACUCUUGAUCUUUCAGGUAAUGGCCUCACAGAAGACAUGGUGUCUUUGUUGUUACAAAACCUGUCCUCUAUUGAGACGCUGUACUUGUCCAGGAAUGCCAUGUUGAGGUUGGACAGGUCAACGUUUAGAGGUCUUGUUCAGCUUAAGGAGCUGAAUGUCGAGAGGAACUUGUUGUUUGAGAUUGAUGGUGCGUUUGACCACAUGAAGAAACUCAAGAGGUUGAACUUGGCCUUCAACUGCUUGCCAUGUUUGGUCGGUUUUGAGAUGACCCAGUUAGUGGUUUUAAACGCCAGCCACAAUUCAAUUGAAUGGUUUAUAACCAAUCAGGAUUUACAAGAGACAUUUCAACUUGAGACGCUGGAUUUGUCCGAUAACCAGUUGAUUUUCUUUCCGUUCCUCCCGACUCGAAACCGUAUAAAGACUUUGUUUUUGUCCAAUAAUUUGAUAGACUUUUACCAACACUUAGCAAAUAACACAUCUUCAAACUGGACCACCAGUGUUGAAUACUACAACCUAGGAAAGAACGUGAGCAAUGUAACCAUGAAUCUCUGGAAUGAGAGUCUCCACGGUGAUCUUUCCAACGUGGAGCUUCUGGACUUGAGCGGGAACCAGGUGAACUACUUCCCAGAAGGAUUUAUUCAACAGAUGCCACGUCUGUACUGGCUAAAGCUGAGAAGGAACUGUUUGCAGUCCUUCAGUUUGACACCUGAAGAUCUACCCGUCACCCUGUAUGAACUGGAUGUUAGCAAAAACAGACUAAUGGAGCUGAAAACAAGCCAACGGUCCAUCAGCGAACUAAAUAAUCUCACAUAUCUGAAUCUGAGCAUGAAUGACCUGCUGAAUUUCCCACCUGGGAUAUUCACCAGUCUACCGAGUAUCUCAGCAAUAGACCUCAGUCAUAACACAGUACGCGUAUGUGAUUCCCAAGAAUCGGACUACAUGAGCUCGGAGUGUGUUGUUUGGUCCAACAUUGUUACACUGAAACAUCUCUAUCUUGCGGACUGUAGCAUUCGAAACAUCCCGUCUUCAGCAUUUAAGGGCUCGCCCCUAACACACCUUGAACUGUCCAAUAAUCCUGAUCUACAGGUGGACCAGGACUCUUUGGCAGGUCUCAGUAAUACUUUGCAGCAUCUGGGACUUGGCAACACAGGGUUUAAAAACUUUGACUUUUCUCCGUACACCCAUUUGAAGUCUUUAAACAUCUCAAAAAACUCAAUAUCGGAGCUUCCUGCGUCUCUAAUGACAUUAAACCUAAAUCUUCUGGACCUUAGGGAUAACUUGUUGACAACCAUCCCUUCGGAUCACGCCGCCACACUGGCUCAGAGACUCCAGGCCGUUUAUAUGAACGGAAAUGCUUUUAACUGCUGCCAUUUAGAUUGGUUUAGGAUGUUCAAGGAAUAUAAAAGCAUCAGAGUUGUCGAUCAAUCAGAAAUUACUUGUUUGGACUCAAACUACAAAUGGCAUAAAGUCAUGCUCUUCAACGCAGUUCGCUGUGGUCACGCUAACAAUGGGGAAUCAAUUGUGUGGUACAUUCUCCUCUUCGCAACAGUCAGCAUUUCCAUUGUGGGCAUCUCUGUCAUUUACCUGCUCACUUUCAAGCCAAAAAUGUUGCCUCGUGCUAUUAAGAAGAGGUGCUGGAGGCCCACUUCCUAUUGAAAGCAUGCAAUUGUAAAACAGAACAUGAAUAAGAUAUUCACUUUAUAUUUAGACCACAUUGGUCUGUAAGCAUGUGAAUGUAUAUACUUUUAUGGUCAUUAAAGUUUGUGAAAUAUUUCAAAUAUGGCUGCUGAAAA